CCCUGCUUUUAUUGACGUAGCUGUUCGGUAUGUGGGUGAAAAUGUGAAAUCCCUAAUGCGGUGGACUUUUGUGCGAGGUAGAGAUAGAGAUAGGUGAUAUUCAGGGAGGAUAGAGGCUGAAACAGGUGAGAGAGGGAUCUGGGUUUUGACUAGAGUGCUAUCGAAUUUUGUGAGAGGUAGAGAUAGAAGAUAGAGAGAGGUGAUAUUCAGCAAGGGUAGAGGCUGAAAGAAGUGAGAGAGGGAUCUGGGUUUUAAGCAGAGUGUGGAAAUUUCUACUUGGUAACCUAAGGGACGUGAGAGUUUAAGCCCCUGAAAAACUAGAACAGAGAAACGACGUCGUUGGUUGCUCUUCUAUUUUAUGUAGUCGGAUCGGAGGCAUCGCUAGCUCUGAAGAAGAAGAAGAGCAAUGGCAACGACGGCGUGUUUCAUUAUCGUGAGCAGAAACGACAUCCCCAUUUACGAAGCUGAAGUGGGAUCUGCGGCCAAGAGAGAAGAUGCUGCUCAGCUUCACCAGUUCAUAUUACAUGCAGCUCUGGAUAUUGUUCAGGACCUUGCUUGGACUACCAGUGCCAUGUAUUUGAAAGCAGUAGACCGCUUUAAUGAUUUGGUGGUUUCCGCCUAUGUUACAGCUGGUCAUACACGACUUAUGCUGCUUCAUGACUCCCGGAAUGAUGACGGGAUUAAGAGCUUUUUCCAAGAGGUUCAUGAGCUUUAUAUCAAGACUCUUCUUAAUCCGACCUACUUGCCUGGUUCACGAAUAACAUCAUCACAUUUUGAUACCAAAGUUCGUGCCCUUGCACGAAAGUAUCUGUAGGGCUCAUGCAUCUUGCAAGUGGACAACCUCUUGAUUUUAUUUCAGAGUGAGGUCGAAGUUUCCAAAUACAGGGUAUUCGAAAGUCUUUUCCCCAUAUUUGUCCUUCUCAGGAUUUUUCCUCAUGAUUGUCACUUGUAAACUAUUGAUGUUAUAAAGAUCUUUAGUUCCCCAUAUUUAGGGUGCUUGUGUAUUACAAACCUCUUGCGUAUUGUGUGCAUACAAAUAUCCUCACGGAUUGAUGAUUAUUCUGAAGUGGUGCUGCAUAUAUCUGUUAUAACCAAUAAGGUUAAAUGCAAGGGGAUUUAAUUGAAACUAA